CGGUUUGGAGGGGCGUAGAAAGGAGGCCAUAUUGUACAGUUAAAUUGAAAGGAAGAAAAUAAUUAAUCGUAUUACUUUAGACUGGGGGCUGUCAAGUUGCAGUAAUUUUUGUUAAUAAACAGUGUUCGGAGCUGUAAAAAUAAAACUGAUCUCUUAGUAAUUAGAUAGUCGUGGAUAUCCGUCGAUCACGAGUCGUUAUUGUUCGUAAAUACACCCCAUCUACGAAAUCUUGCGUGUCCGCGAUCGGAGUAAGCAGGAACCACCAUCGUCGUCGUUCUUCGCAACAAACCCUGUAAAGAAGAUAGUCGUAAUCGCCGAGAUGGGCACUCGAGACGACGAGUACGAUUAUUUAUUUAAAGUUGUUCUGAUCGGAGACUCUGGAGUAGGAAAAAGUAACCUACUGUCUCGCUUCACACGUAAUGAGUUUAACCUGGAAUCAAAAUCCACCAUAGGUGUUGAGUUCGCUACUCGCAGUAUAGAAGUAGAUAGCAAGACGAUCAAAGCUCAGAUUUGGGACACUGCCGGGCAAGAACGUUACCGAGCUAUUACCUCAGCGUAUUAUCGUGGCGCAGUUGGAGCUUUGUUGGUUUACGACAUAGCAAAACAUUUGACAUAUGAAAAUGUGGAGAGAUGGUUACGAGAACUUCGAGAUCACGCUGAUCAAAAUAUAGUCAUUAUGUUGGUGGGCAACAAGUCUGACUUGAGGCACUUACGAGCAGUCCCAACUGAUGAAGCUAAAGCAUUUGCAGAAAGAAACGGUCUCUCUUUUAUUGAAACAUCCGCUCUGGAUUCAACCAAUGUUGAACUGGCCUUCCAAAAUAUCUUAACAGAAAUCUACAGAAUCGUUUCGCAGAAACAAAUCAGAGACCCUCCUGAAGGUGACACUAUCCGGCCACAAAAUGUAGAGCCAAUUGACGUAAAACCGACAAUGAAUGCUGAUGGAAUGCGUAAACAAUGCUGCCAGUGACUCGCCUUGCUGCUUUCUGUAAGCAGUUGUGUGGUGGGUUGAAGGGAGAGUGGUGGACGGUGGUAGGUACAGAGGUGCGCGAUAAAGCAAGGGCUAAGGGCUAUGUGGUAGAAUUCGUAUGAGUCUAGAAGACUUCAUCUCGAUCAAAUGGUUUCAAUGGCUUAGGCAGCCACAUCCCUCCUCAGCGAAAAACGUACAAGAUUAUAAAAGAUUCACGGUGAUCCACACACCAUUCUGCCCUCUAUUUAAAUUUGUCUUAUUUACUAUUGCAAACACGUGUGUGUGUGUGUAUGUGUGUAUGUAUGUAAUAUAUAUAUGAAUAUAUACGUGUUCAUAUGUAUGUAUAAUAUAUAACAUAUGUACAUAUGUACGUACGUAUAUAUGUAAGUAUAUGUCUAUAUACAUAUUUAUGUAUACAUAUAUGUAUGUACAUUACGUUAUGAUAAUUAAAUGUUGUAUUACCGCUUCUUUGUAAUACAUAUACAUAUAAUUAUUCUUCUCUACGCAUAGUGUGAUCACAAGACAUACAUAAACGAUUUACAAAUAGGUAACAAUAUUCACGAUGACAAUUGUGCGGGGCAGACGUCGUCGUGGAAAUAAUAUCAAUAAACAAGAGACUAGAAAGAUGGGGAAACUCCAUUUCAAUCACAACCUGCUCUCGCUCGCACCUAGUAGGAUUAAGACCGUACGCGCUAGGCAUUAAGCUGUAUGCUUUUUGAUUACAUUAUUUUUACAAAAAGCUUCAUGUCCAGAACCACGUGAAAUGUGAAUUAAAUGACAAAAAUAAAAAAAUAAAAUUAUAUUAAUUCCACAUAGUCUCUCAAACUUGACUUACGAUUGUCAGAUAGAAGAUAUUAUUUUGAACGUAUGAUCGAUCGGUUUGUCUUUCGUAGAUGAUGGCAACAAAAAUAGGAACGCAACGAAUUGAAAAAGUAAGGCCAUCAACUUUGUCAUCGAGUAAGAGCAAACAAAGCGUUACAAAUUGUACCGCUAAGCUUCGCGCACCGCAAGAAAGAUUCAAAAAUUUUAUUAAAUACCUAUAUUAUAUGCUUUAGAAGAAAGAGGCAAAAAGAUAACACCAUUGGAAAGAAUUAAACACACUGUUAUAAAAACCCUAUGAUAUGCGUAAUUUACUAACCUUAUUAUUAAUUACAAUUACUUAAUUUUUUUUUUACAUCUAAUUUUAUUCAUACUGAAAUGGAGAAGUCUCUUUCGAAGAUCGAGAUACAACUCUAGCGAUCAUUGUGGUUCUCCGAUUAAAUUCAUGUAGGUAAAUAAUGAAUUUGCAUUUUAGCAAUAAAUAUUAUGAAGAAUUUUAACUUAUUCUAUUAGAUAAUGUGAAGUGGCAAAGCUUUAUUAAAAAAAAAGUAAAUAAAAAAAAUCGAAAAAACGGAA